AUGAGUUAUUUUCGUUGGUUAAGGCUUAAUUCAUUUCUUGUGAAAGUAAAAGGAAAACUUGUAUUGAAAUCUUUUAGCAGAUUCUCUCAACCAAACUGCAGAACUCAGAAACUAAAAGCUAUCAAUUAUUUCUCGGAAACGAACCUGAAAUGGUCAUCGUCACAAUUUUUUUUGGAUAAAAUCGACAACUUUCAAGGAUGUGAAAUUAUAUUUGGAGGAUUCUUUCGCUUCCCUACUGCUUAUGGGGAAUUACAAGAGAAUAAAACAAUUAAAAUUACAGGAUAUCAUGUUGAUUUAAUUAACAUUAUUGCACCAUAUGCUAAUUACAAAGUUAAUAUCAGUUUCUUCAAGAAGGUUUCUUCAGGAAGAAAAAAAAAUAUAAGUCCUGAUGUUUUUAUUUCAUCCCUUCUGUUACAUGGUACAAGAAACAGAGAACAUAAUUUUAAUACGCCCACACAAGCAAUUCAUUACGAAUUGAUUCGAAUUAUUGUGCCACCAAGAGAAUCAUACACAUCAUUUGAGAAAUUGUUAUUGGCAUUCGAUAAACCAGUGUGGAGUUUAAUAAUAAUAACAUUUGCUUUAGCUUUCAUAGUAAUCAUCAUAUUACGAUUUUGUCCUCGAUUUAUCAGAGAGUUUGUCAUUGGAAGAAACGUCAAAGAACCAGCUUUGAAUGUUAUUAUAGCAUUUUUUGGACUUGGACAAACGAUUUUGCCACGACGAAAUUUUGCAAGAUUUCUUCUGAUAAUGUUCAUUCUAUACAGUUUGAUCAUUCGAACAGCUUACCAAGGAAAAAGCUUCGAAUUUCUCCAGAAAGAUAUGAAAAGAAAAGGAGUUCAAACUGUCAAGGAUUUAUUUGAUAAGAAUUAUACGAUUUACACUAAUAAAUUUCUACAAACCGAAUGGAAAACUGCUGACAUAAUAAAACAGUAA